AUGGCGUCCUCCGCUUCUCUGCUCUCCCUGGCGCUCUGCUCCCUCCUUCUCUUCCAAGUUUGCUCUGCCCAAUUCGAAACCGGCCGAGUCUGGGGGUCAUCAAGGUCCCAGAGGAAAUCACAGCAGCAGAACGAGUGCCAGUUCCGCCGCAUCAAUGCCCAGGAGCCCGACCGCAGGAUCACAUCGGAGGCCGGCAUCACCGAGAUCUGGGACGAGAACGACGACCAGUUCCGGUGCGCCGGCGUCGCCGCGAUCCGCCACACCAUCGAGCAGCGAGGUCUCCUCCUUCCCGCUUACUCCAAUGCCCCCAAGCUCAUCUACGUUGACCAAGGCAAAACCCCAAUUUCCUCUCUUCCUCUGUUUUUUAAUGACUCUGUUUUUCAUUUACUUGCUCUGUUUUUUUAUGGACUCUGUUUUUCAUUUACUUGCUCUGUUUUUCAAAUGUGGACUGCAGGGAGAGGGUAUCACAGCGCAGCGAUUCCGGGCUGCCCCGAGACUUACCAAUCCGAGCAGGAGUCUGAAUCAAGGGAUCCGAGGCAAGGAUCGAGAGAUCAACAUCAGAAGAUCCGGAAGAUCCGACAAGGCGAUAUAAUUGCCAUCCCAGCUGGAGUCGCGGACUGGUUCUACAACGACGGUCAGUCUCCUCUGGUUCUAGUCCAGAUUAUGGACACCAGCAACUUCGCCAACCAGCUCGACCAGAACUUCAGGAAAUUCUUCCUGGCAGGGAACCCACAGAGAGAAAUCCAAGGGCAGAGGGGACAGCCUUCGAGGCACCUGUACCGUGGAAGCGAGAAGGGAAGAGGCGGCGGCGGCGGCCAAGAGCAACGGUCCGGCAACAUCUUCCAGGCCUUCGACGAGCAGUUCUUGGCGGAGGCGUUCAACAUCGACACCGACCUGGCGAGGAGGAUCAAGAACGAGAACGACAACAGGGGAAUCAUCGUCAGGGUGGAGGAGCAGCUGGAAUUCCUGAGCCCCGAAUUCAGCGAGGAAGAGAGGAGGCAAUCGUCCCAGGGCGGCGGAAGAACCGGCCGCUGGUCUGCUAACGGAAUUGAGGAAACCUUCUGUACCGCCAAGUUGAGGCACAACAUCAACGACCCUUCACGCGCCGACAUAUUCAACCCACGCGCCGGCCGGCUCACCACCGUCAACAGCUUCAACCUCCCCAUCCUCCGAUACAUUCAGCUCAGCGCCCAAAAGGGCUUCCUCUACAGGAACGCGAUCAUGACGCCGCACUGGAACAUGAACGCGCACAGCAUCAACUACCUCACCAGGGGCAGCGGGCAGAUCCAGAUCGUGAACGAGAACGGGGAGAGCGUGUUCGACGGGCAGGUGCAGGAAGGGCAGAUCAUCACCGCGCCGCAGAACUUCGCGGUGAUCAAGAGGGCCGGCAGCGACGGGCUCGAGUGGAUCUCCUUCAAGACCAAUGACAACGCCAAGAUUAACCAGAUCGCCGGCAGAGCGUCGACGAUCCGGGCGAUUCCCCAGGAUGUGCUCGCGAAUGCGUUCGCGAUUUCGAGGGAAGAAGCGCAGAGGAUCAAGUUUAACAGGCGGGAGAUUGGGAUCUUCAGCCCUGAGACCAGGUCGCGUGGAAGGAGGGACUGA